CAUGGUCCCAAGAUGGGCACGCGGCCAUGUUUCUUAAUCCACUCCCUCGCUCUGCAACCUUGGUUUCCUACCUCCAGUUCCUAGGAAUCCUGCCAACUUUGGAUCUUGGUGGUAUCCGAUACAUCCCACGAUGCUCCGUCAAUUGCUUCCAGCGGUUGUAUGUCUUGGCCUCGCCACCGCGCAAGAUGGAGGCAUAAUCGAGACGCUCAAUGGCGUGGCGGAGCUUUCAGAGCUGGUGACUUACCUGGACGGCUUCCCCGAUCUUACUGUGUGGCUUCAAGGACUCUCCGAUGUCACGUUCCUGGCACCGAACAACGAUGCAUUUGCAGCCCUGGCCGACUCUUCGACCAUCCCGAGUAUCCCGCUCGAUGCGACGGAUGCAGAGGCUCUGAUGAGCUACCAUGUGCUAAACGGGACGUACUAUGGCUUCGGCUCGGACGAAUACAGCCUGGUCACGACGGCGUUGUCAGCGUCGCAGUACGCGAAUGUCUCCGGAGGCCAGAUAGUCGCCGCCAAGGGGUCGCCGUGGUCUGAAGCAAUAACAUUCACGUCUGGAAAACUCCAAACGUCCGAGACCGAGGGAGACGCACUGAACUUUACCGGCGGCGUCAUCUACAUCAUCGACUCUUUCCUGACGCUUCCUCAGUCCUUCAAAGCGACCACCGAGGAAGAGGACAUGCUUGGAGGACCAGCAUUCGCCGAGGCCGUGGUCACGGUGCCCGCGACCGGACAAGAACUGACCAUCGACCAACUGUCCGACGUCACGGUCUUUUUGCCCAUGAACUACUCUCUCCAGGAAAUCGGCAAUGUGAUUGAGAACAUGACCUGGACCGAGCUGGAACGGCUGGUUUCCUACCACAUUAUCGACCAGGUCCUCGACAUCAACCCCGACUCACCCCCCAGCGGCCAGUAUUCGACGUACGAAGGCUCCGAGGUGACCAUCUUUAGCCAAAACGGCUUCGUCUUCAUCAACAACGCCAGGAUCGUCGGGUCGGCGGACUGGCUUUUCAGCGGAGGCAUGAUUUACACGAUUUACGGAGUGCUCAACCCGGACAACACGACGGUUGAUCCGAACAUCAACGACGCCGAAAUCGCGUUCGCAGACGCGUCCUUCACCCUCGACUUUGCCUUCCCCACGCCAGGCUCCCCGACGGCGCCGGCCAGUUCGACGGGGCCCGGUGCGGGCGGUCUGUCGCACGGGGCCAAGGCCGGCAUCAGCGUCGCCGUCGUCGCCGCGGCCGUCAUCCUCAUCGCUGCGUUCUUCUGCACGCGCGAGAGACGCCGCACGGCGCGGGCGCUGGGGCCGUCGCGCAAGGGCGGCUUCCAGUACCCGCUGCAGUAUCCGCUCAAGGAUCUGGAGGCGUCGAUCUCGCACAGCGAGCUGGUCGCCAAUGCGGCGGCGCCCGCGAGGGGCCCGAUCAAGGAGUUCACCCCCAACGUCAGCGUCUACUCGUUGCGCUAGUAGCCACUGGGGGCUGGGUGACGAGUCUCUCGCUCUGUGGUCAAUUCGUUUGCCAGGCGUGAAUGAAUUUACGGUUGAUUCCAAGCUAAGCAGGUGAUGGAUGUUAGAGGGGGUGUCAAUUUCCCCGGAUGAGCAACGUGUCACGACUGAAUGAAUGGAUCUGGUAGCUAGAUAGGGAGCUUCACGAGCUGCUGAAUUGUAGGACAUGCAAUAUACAUAUACGUUACUUAUAUCUAUACAUGUACAUAUUACAUACACCCGAAACCGUCGCUCGGCC